GCCGAUGCCCCGCUCUGUGACCUCGUCAGCCGCCGAGCAACACGGCGAACAAGAGGAAGCAUCGCCAAUCUCCACAAGCUGUGGAAUGAGCCGAUAAACAUCUCAUUAAGACGGCAAAUAUCUCUCUUCAUGAGGUGAUGUUCAGCAGACGUGAUUGCCAUGGAAACGGACAAAAUACCUAAAUUCUCCUCCAAGGAUGAGGAAAUCAACUUUUGGAAAGCGCUCUACGUCAAGUACAAGACAAACUACCAGGAGGCUCACGAGGAGCUGCUGGAGUUCCAGGAGGGCAGCAGGGAAUUGGAGGCCGAGCUGGAAGCUCAGCUGGGCCAGGCCGAGCAUCGCCUGAAGGACCUGCAGUCUGACAACUUCAGGCUGAAGAGUGACGUGGAAACGCUCAAGGAAAGACUGGAGCAGCAGUACUCUCAGAGCUACAAGCAGAUCUCCGUGCUGGAGGACGACCUGGUGCAGACGCGCAGCAUCAAGGAGCAGCUCCACAAAUACGUCCGAGAACUGGAACAGUCCAAUGAUGACCUGGAACGAGCCAAGAGAGCGACCAUCGUGUCUCUGGAGAACUUCGAGCAGCGUCUGAACCAGGCCAUUGAGAGGAACGCCUUCCUGGAGAGCGAGCUGGACGAGAAGGAGUCACUACUCGAGUCCGUUCAGCGGCUCAAAGAUGAAGCCAGAGAUUUGCGUCAGGAGCUGGCCGUGCGCGAGCGUCAGGUGGACGUAAGACGGACGUCGGCCCCCAGCUCGCCCACGCACGACAAUGUCAAGAUGGACUCUCUGUCAAUCUCCAUGCCUGCCACGCCUCUGAGCAAAGGUCUGGACAACGCCGUCCUCGCCAACGCCGCAGGACUUUCCACAGGCUACGCCAGCAACUCACCGCUGACACCGUCAGCGCGGAUAUCAGCUCUCAACAUUGUCAGCGACCUACUGAGGAAAGUAGGGGUUUUGGAGGCCAAACUGGCCGCGUGCAGGAACCUGGCCAAGGAGCAGCAGGCCAAGAAGACCUACGCUCUGGACAAUGGCAACAUCCUCAAUGCCAACAGUAGUGCUUACUCGCAGUCGCUCCAUAUCACCUACUUGGACAAAGCCAGAGGCGCCAGCAGCCUGGAUCCAGGGACCCUUACGGCCAUCACAGUCCCUCCAGCUGCCUCCUCAGCCGGCUUGGUGCCCCUCACUGUUUGAGCACAAUCACCUCCGCAGACCCCGCCAAAAGGAUAUCAUGUGACUAAGUGGCAAUGACCUUAAAGUGAUAUGCAAACACUUUUUAUCACUCAUCACUGAGCAAUAGAGAGUCAAAGUAAGCAUUCACGUGCACGCUCGUGUUUCCGUUAUAAUUGUCUCUGCAUUAUUUAUUGAUGUUUGUAAAUGUUUGAAACGUCGUGAAGGAAAGGUGGUUGUCUUUUGCGUUCCAUUUGCUUUCUGUCGCGCCUGUGACCAAAGACGGAAGAGGGCUAUUCAAAUGUGUCACACUUUUGGUCAUAUUGAUCGUUUACAUUCCAGUUACUGGUGGCAAGAAAUCUAUUUGUCAGCAAUUUAAAUCACUCAACAACAAAAAGAACAGGUCAUGACUAUGGUGGACUAAAAAUGGAAAAAUUAAAUUUAAAAAAAUCAUUAAAUGUGUUAUGAACUAAUCAAAAUUAGAACUAAAAUGUCAUCAUUCAUUAAAAUACAAAUUCAUUUUAUGUAAAAACUUAUAUUUUUCUAUUGUUAUAUUAUUUCAUAAAAAUGUAUAAUAGCAGACUCAAAUUUAAUGAGUUCUAUGGUAAAUAUUUCACGAAAUAAAUGAAUUAUUAGCGAAAUUAAUUUUGGUUGAUUGGUUAAAUGUAUUGGAUUAAAAUGUUUCCAUAAAUAUUUCACUUUAUUUCACAUUAUAGUAGACCAAUUAAUCAAAUUUCACUAAUAUAAUUAAUAGUUUACUGUUGCAUAUUCAUAGUUUUAAAAAUUUGUUAGUCAAAAUGUAAUUAAUAAUACAAUUCUAAAAUAUUAAUAUUUCACAAUUAUAGCAAAGAAUAGUGUUUUUGUUUGUACAGAAAAUUAUUUUGUAUUUGAAUUAAUUUGACACAUUUAUGUAUUUAAGUCAUUGUUUUCGUUAUUUAAUUUUGGCAGUUUUGGUCCUCCUUGCAUGACAGGCAAACCAAGCACUUUUCAGUUCAUUUUUAUUUAUUCAUGUGUAAUAUCACCGGUGUGUGGUGAUGUUUGUAUAUUUAAUUUAUUUCAAUUAAAAAAAUAAAAAAACA